AGACAGCUACACCGACAGGUCUCAUUAGCAUCUCUCUCUCUCUCUCUCUGAAAAACCCUAAGCGGAAUCUCUCAGUUUGAUCUUCGAUUUCUCUCUCGGGAUUAUCAAAAACCCUAAAUUGAUAAACGGCAUGUCGGAGAAAUUCUCACCGACGUUGAGAAUUGGGGAUCUGAGUGACUUUAUAGCUCCUUCUCAAGCUUGUGUUGUGUCUUUGAAAGGCCUCAAAACGACAGCUCCUAACACUGUAAAACGCGACAAACAUGAGGUUGCUAUUGCUAAUAAGGAGCAAACUGACCCUGUUAAAAUUUCGCUUAAGGACUGUUUGGCUUGCAGUGGAUGCAUAACAUCAGCGGAGACAGUUAUGCUUGAGAAGCAAAGUUUGGAUGAUUUCCUAUCCAAUAUUGAUAAAGGGAAAGCUAUAAUUGUUUCGUUGUCUCCACAGUCGAGAGCUUCUCUUGCGGUUUAUUUUGGCAUCUCUCCCCUUCAGGUUUUUAAGAAACUCACGACAUUUUUUAAGUCUUUGGGAGUGAAAGCUGUAUUUGAUACAAGUUCAAGCAGGGACUUAACACUUAUAGAGACUUGUAACGAGUUUGUUAAUCGGUACAAACAGAGCCAGUUGAACAACAAUGAAAAAUCUAAUUCAGCCUUACCCAUGCUUUCUUCAGCAUGUCCAGGUUGGAUAUGCUAUGCUGAAAAGCAACUAGGAUCCUACGUUCUGCCUUUUAUAUCUUCUGUGAAGAGCCCACAACAAACAAUUGGAGCUACCAUCAAGCAUCACAUUUGUCAAAAAAUGGGCCUCAGGCCUGAUGAGGUUUACCAUGUGACCGUGAUGCCAUGUUAUGAUAAGAAGCUUGAGGCUGUAAGGGACGACUUUGUUUUUGAAGUGGAACAAGAAGAUGCAAAUAAAAAUGGUCUCAGGAUUGCAGAGGUUGAUUCAGUUUUGACAACUGGAGAAGUCUUAGAUUUGAUAAAGUUCAAAGCAGUGGAUUUUGAAACCUUAGACGACUCUCCUCUAGAUAAAAUGUUGACAAAUGUUAGUGAAGAAGGUUAUCUCUAUGGAGUAGCUGGAAGUUCUGGUGGUUAUGCUGAUACAGUGUUUCGGAAUGCUGCUAGAAUGCUAUAUGGAAGAGAAAUCGAAGGCCCUUUGGCCUUCAAAAGUCUUCGAAACAUGGAUUUCCGUGAAGUGACUUUGGAAGUGGAUGGAAAAGUUGUACUGAAAUUUGCUCUUUGUUAUGGCUUUCAAAACCUACAAAAUAUUGUGAGAAAAGUCAAAAUAGGAAAAUGUGAUUAUCACUUUGUGGAAGUUAUGGCGUGCCCAUCCGGAUGCCUGAAUGGCGGUGGUCAAAUCAAGCCAAAGCCACAACAAUCUCCAAAAGAGCUGCUUCAGUCAUUAGAAACUAUUUAUAUGGAAAAUGUUUUGAUCAAAGAUCCUUUCGAGAAUCUUCUUGUUAAAUCCUUAUAUGACGAGUGGCUUGAAAAACCUGGUUCCGAAAAAGCUAAAAGGCACAUGCAUACAGAAUAUCACCCUAUGGUAAAGAGCGUAACUGCACAAUUGCAUAAUUGGUGAACACUUUCCAGUCUCUUCUUUUUCUACAGACACAACUAGUUGCAAUUUCCAUGUGGUUAUCAUCCUUGGGCUGAGCUAUCCAAGGUUACAGGCGUGAUCUCGAUUACAACACCAGUCACUGCUGGCAGAAUAUUUAUGCGGGAUUUCCUUUAGCAACUCACUCCAAUUUUGAUAAAGUAAACAGAUUUGUUUUUUGUACCCUCCUAACUCAUGUAUAUGUUUCAUACUAAAGCCUUUUUGGUAGAUGAUGUAAUCUGUACACCUUUGUCAUCUGUGUCCAAAUAAUGUUCUCCUCAGUUCAUGUACAUGCCUUGGUUGAGCAUUGUUCUCAUUUUUUGUAUAAUUCAAAACAAAAAAUAAUUUCUCAUGUAUCAGCAACAAAUACAAGUUUAAAGGAAUCAAAGCAGAAUUUUUUAUA